CACUAGCUGCUUACCAGAGUAGGGACAGUUCUGUCAUACUAAAAAUUUGAAAAAAUACUUGGUGUAUAUAUGUAAGAAAUAAAAACUGUAGUAGUGCUCAAAGGAACAAAUUAGAAUUAAAAAUGGCUAUACUUUAGCACAAAGGAGUGAAGUUUGGGGGGACAUAAAUAGCAGAGAUAGCUGGUACAGGAAGCAAGAACAGAAAGAGCAGAACCAACCAGUGGAUGAGAAUGACCAUCAGGAGUAUGAUAUUCAGAAGUGAUACUUAAUCUCUGGAAGAAUAGCUAUUUCGAUCUCUAGCAGGAGAAGCAGGCAGCAUCAAGAUUCCCAAUUGAAAAGGAGGCAAGUAGGUAGAAUUUUGAACAGCAUAGAUGAUGCAACUAAGGUCAAGCUGCACACAGAGAUAGCUAAUCAUCUCAGCUCUCUAGGCUUUUAACUCCUUAUUCAGAUAUUUACUUAUUGAUGAGGAGGUGCACAGGCAUGGUUAGCAAGAUUAAUCUCUUUAUUGUAGAUGAGUGAAUCUGCAUGCAUACAGAACAUAAACAUUGUAUUAUACAGAAAUCAAAGUCCUCAUAUGAUAAUUAGUUUAUACUACUCAGUUUAAAUUCUAGGCCAGUGGUUCUCAACCUGUGGUCUGUGAACCCCUGAGAGACCACGAUGUCACAAGGGGUCUGUUCAUGAAGGUUUGAAGAAAUGUUAUGAUUUAAAACUUGAGUUAAGUCUUGGGAGUCCGUGACCACAAAAGGUAUUUAAAGGGGUCUGUGAUGAAGAAAAGGUUGAGAACAUUGUUCUAGGCUUUUCCCUCCUUCCUUUCCAAUUCAAUGAAUAUUUGGGCCAUUCUCUUUAUGGACUUGCAAUGCGCUGAUUUGUGAGAGGACAAUUUUCUCCAGUAUAGGAAGGAACCAGUGGUUUUUACCUUGGUAGCUUUAUUGUCAGAAGGAUGGAUGUUGAGGAAUAGCUGCCAAAGCUUAGAAAGACCAGUUAUUUUUCCUGGUCAUUCUUACUGGGUUGGUGGGGGAGAAGAAAUCUGCAAACAAUAGCUGCACUAUGGCUUUUGAAGAUCUAGAAAAGAAUCUGAAGAACUUUGGGGCUCCUGUAGUGUUCUACAUCCUUUCUGUCUAUAGAAGAGAGAACAACAAAACAAGAAUGGAAAGCUGGCAGCCCGGUUUUGAGACACAGAUGCCAUACGAUCAUAUACAGUUCAGGUAGCAGAGAAAGCCGCUGCUGGUGGUCUAGCAGAUGCUAAUUCGAAAGCCUUAUUGCUUUGCAAUGGACCUUUAGAACAUUAUGAAUUUCUUACCAAAGUGGAGCAGCUGAGGAAUGAUGAACAGCAGCAAAAAGUCAUGCGGUGCCUGCAGAAACUACAUGAAGGUCUUAAGGGGUACAACCUCAGCCCAAAACACAUAUUCUCAAAGCUUUUUACAAGACGUAAACCUCCAAAAGGCCUUUACAUCUAUGGCGAUGUUGGCACAGGAAAGACAAUGGUGAUGGACAUAUUUUAUUCUCAUCUACAAGUAGAAAGAAAAAAGAGAGUCCAUUUCCAUGGCUUCAUGCUUGAUGUGCACAAAAGAAUACAUUGCCUUAAACAGAGUCUACCAAAACGAACAGCUGGAUUAAUGGCUAAAUCAUAUGAUCCAAUAGCUCCUAUAGCUGAUGAAAUAAGUGAGGAAGCUGGUCUCUUGUGUUUUGAUGAAUUUCAGGUCACAGAUAUUGCUGAUGCUAUGAUUCUCAAACAGCUUUUUGAAAAUCUGUUCCGAAACGGUGUCGUCGUUGUAGCCACAUCAAACAGGCCACCAGAAGAUCUCUAUAAAAAUGGUCUUCAGAGAGUUAACUUUGUGCCAUUCAUUGCUGUACUAAAGAAACACUGCAACACCAUCCAACUGGAUUCUGGAAUAGACUACAGGAAGCGCGCACUGCCUGCUGCAGGAAAGCUUUAUUACCUCACAAGUGAAGCUGAUGUGGAGGCUGUCAUGGAUAAGUUGUUUGAUGAGCUGGCUCAAAAACAAAAUGAUUUAACUAGACCAAGGAUUUUAAAAGUACAAGGCAGAGGACUGAGAGUGAAUAAAGCAUGUGGAACCAUUGCAGACUUUACAUUUGAAGAGCUGUGUGACAAACCUCUUGGAGCCAGUGAUUAUUUGGAAAUAUCCAAGAAUUUUGAUCUGGUUUUUGUUCAUAAUAUACCUCUCCUUACAAUGGCAAAAAGAACCCAAGCUCGACGCUUCAUCACUCUCAUUGAUACCUUUUAUGAAAAAAAGGUGCGGAUUAUUUGCUCUGCAUCAGCUCCCCUCCAGAGUAUAUUUAUUCAAGCGGACCAUGAUAGUGGACAGGAUGAGAAAAGGAUACUGAUGGAUGAUUUGGGGUUGAGCCAGGAUUCAGCUGAAGCACUUUCUAUGUUUACGGGAGAGGAAGAGAUAUUUGCCUUUCAACGUACUAUCUCGCGACUUACUGAAAUGCAGACAGAGCAAUACUGGAAAGAUGGAGAUCGGAGCAAAAAACAGUUGCAGCUGGAAAGUUAAAAAUAAAGAGUAACUGAAAAGAAAAAGAGCUUUUUUUAAAGAGGCGCAUUAACUAACUUGACACUUUAUGUUAGUGUUGAAAACUACAGCAUUAUUUACUGGUCCCCUUUAAUGCCAAUCUAUAGAUACAAUUUUAUUUAGACUAGCAUGAAAACUUUAUUGACCAAAUAAAAAUUUCCUUUAACUGAUGAUGACUGGAAAAAUAGAUAAAACAUGUUUAUUACUGGCCAUGUCACGCUGUGGUUUGCACAAAUAAAAAAUACAAGGUAGAAACGUUAAAUGCACAUUCUGAAUCUAUCAAUCUCGAGUUCUAUUGUUGAAAAAUAAAAUAUGCAAAUGUACCUGGA